AAAGUAUCUUGGUGACAAGAGUGCGAAGUUUCCUGGAGCUGCCUGCUGCUGCUCUUCAUGAGAAAUGAAGGGGGGAGGGAAUCCAUCUUCUAGGGCUUUUGUCUUUUCAUUUUCACCCAAAACAAAGCACAGUAGCUCCUCCAAGAAGUUUCCCACCAGGUACUGAUAGUUUAUCUUUUUGACAUUUUUAGCAAGCUGCUGGGCAAACGAGGAACAAAUGACUACAACAGUAAUGAGUUCUGGGUUUGGGUUAGAAGCAGCGUUUUCUCUGGGAUUGUUACUUGGAGUCAGGUGCUGUGGUAUUGAGACUACUAAUAGGGCUGGUUAAAGGCAGAGAGAACCUGUCAGACUUGGGAUAAAAUGCUAGUUUUAUCAUCAGCUCUGUUCUGAUGAUCAAAGAUGAGGUGCACUCGCAGGCCUUUAAAGGUAGCAGUGGUGUUCAGAAGAGCUUAUAAUUAUAAUCUACUGCCUGGAAAACCAAACCUGUAUUUAUUAUUGAUUUAUUAAAAUAUCUAUAUUCCGUAUAUGUGGCAAGGGGACGAAUGCAGCUCAGGAACACAUAUCCUAGUGACUGGUGGGUAUUUUGUGACUUUAUAUUGUUGUGAUUUCUUUUAUUUUAUUGACUGUAUUCUGUACAUGUCUUCUUUUUUUAUUAUUAAUAUGCAGCUUAGCUCCUAGGCGGCCUUUGAGCCAAAAUGUGGUAUGUAAAGAAAACAUACCAUGGCAUUAUACAGGAGUGGCUGGUGGUGCCCAUUGGGAAUGAUGAGACAGAAGGCAACCGUAGGUGAAGCCACAGCCAAUGACAGGUAGAGCUACCACCUGGCUGGUUGUAAGAAAGAAAGCAGGCAAGUAGGGAGAUGCUGGGGUUGGUGGGGGCAGUGCCCCAUUUCCCCUUAUGAACCAGCCCCCAAUGCCAUGAUAUUAAUUGUGUAUGUUUACUUUUGCUCUUUGCAUAAUAUAAUAAAAUUAUAAGUGGAGCAAUUUCCCUGAUUUUCUUCCAGUUCUGUAUUCCUAAGAAAUUGGAUUACUUCUCCCAAGGGAUUUGAAUAUGCUUGUUACUGAAGAAUGGUGGAAUUAUAUUAUGUAGUUUUGAUGUGCUUCGAGCAUCUCAAAGAAAGAACACACCUACAACAUUUUGUAUUGCAAAAAGUGUGUGCAAAUUGCUUGGGAAAUUUACGGAGUUGCCAAUCUUUUUUUCACAUAUGAUGGAGAGUGAAACUAUAUUGGUAAAACAAAAACAAAACAAAAACUUCAGGAUUAUGAAUAAGUGUCUUUUAUGACAGUUAGUCAUUCUUAUGGGUUAUUUAAAAGGCAAUGCAAGAAGAAAACAUGAACCUGUCAGCAACUUAUGAUUGAAAGCCAGAACAUUAUUAGCAAAAUACCCCAUCUAGUUUUUCUGAGUGACUGAGAAAAUUUGGCAGAUAGCCGUAAGGAACAAGUUAACAUGCUUCAGAUAUUUAUGAGGCAGGAGAAUACACUGAUUAUUAGAAUCAAGUUAAAGCAGAAAUGAAUGUACACUAAGCAUUAACUACAAUUUAAUGUACUCUGAAUAAUAUUUAUGAAUUAUAUUGCUGGUGUAUUUUGUUGGUUUUGUUGACACCAGUCUGCCUUGAGAGAAAUUGGAUUGUGCCUCCAGGGGUGAAAUCAAACCACAUGGUCAUUUGAAGAGCGCUCAUGAUACAAUUUUUCUGCCUAACAUAAGCUAUUCUGUCUCUCCAAUGGGACAGUGAUAUGAGUUUUUGAGAACACAGAACCUGUGGAAAUGAACUGAAGUACAGCCUUUCUCCCUGAAAAUGCAAACAAGCAUGCUAAUAGAAGCCCCAUGAAGCAAUUUGCAUGCAUUUAUUGGGAAGAGUGGUGCCAAUUCUUUAAAAAGAGCUACCAUGUGGAAAAUCCAAAGCACAUUAAGUCUUAUUGAGAGGGUAUUAAAUAAUCUUUUGGAAUAUAGCUAAGCCCAAGGGAGAAACUUCACGCCAGUAUCAUAGUUCAUUUCUGUAUGGAUAAACAAGGAACCUGGGUAGACAUAUCUAAUAGUACUAAAGGGCAUUUUUGAUUCUCUACUCAAUCCCAUGCAGCCAUUAUCGUACAUACUCAUUCAAAUACUGUUUUGUAAGUUAAAGAUUACUGUAGCACUAUUUUUUACUAAUACAGGUUUCCAAGUUCUGUCAUGAGUCAUGGAAAUGGAAUGUUGACCUCAAGGCAUCACCGGGGAAACAGCAAUGCUGGUUCUAAGCAUCUUUCAGAGUUGAACAACAGUCAAAUCGCCUAAGCAAAAAGCUGCUGAGCACCUACUGUUAAGUGAAGAGAGUUAUACCAUCUUAAGUCUCAGGUAAUCCAUUUAAGGUGUUUUCUGCUUCUUGGAAUCUUUGUGAUAUUUGUAAUCAUGCUAUUUAAUUAAUUUUAGGUUCUGUUGUGUUCAUUAGUUUAGGUUUCUUCCAUAAAUAUCAUUCAGAUAUAACUGAAUUAUGUUUUUGUUCUCUAUCAUCAAAUCUUUUUAUGUAUCACUACUAGGAAUAGUACCUAAUAAAGAACAGAAUAUCUGAUAAUAGAAAUAUUAGCAGUUAUUAAUUACAGUAUGCUAGGCACUGCAGUUGGGUUUAGAACAUAGUCAAGAAAACUUGCUAUUUUAGGCUGUGAUCCAAACCCCUGGUCAACAGUGGUGGGGUUUGACAGAGCAAUAUAUUUUACUUUAACAUAAUAUGAUACAAGUAUAUCAGUUAAAGUGCCAUAGGAGCACUUGAUUUUUCUUAACCAAAGUAGAAUAUCCAAAGGUGUCUGGGAGAUAGGAUUCCUGAUUAUUAUCUUUAAGUGAGGAGGAUGGGAAAGAGAGAGCUAGCUAUGGGGGACAAAUUUCUGCACUAAGGGAGCUGGCAUAGGACAGCCCCAGUCUCCUUCUGACAUUAGAUAUGAUGGCAGAAUUCAGAAAAGGCUUUGCUGAGGGUAGUGGAUUUUAUGGAGGGACAAGAAGCGUCGCUUAAUUGGAUACAACGCAAAGGGAUUACCCCAACCAUAGGUAACAGCAUGGAAGUAUGUGAAAGGGACCUACAAAGCUUCAUAAACCAAGUGAGCUAAUGUGGAGUGGAAAGAACAAAGGGGGAUAAGGGGAGGUGUACACAGAGAUAUAUUCAGGGGCGGAGAGCUUUAAAUGUGAAGAGGGAGCACUUAGGGUUGAUCUUGAAAGCCAGGAGCUGGUAUAGAGAUCAUAGCUGUGUGAGUGGUAUGAUCAUAGCAGCAGGAGGAAAAAGCUGCUUUUAGUAGAAGCAUUCUGAAUUACGGUAAUGAAUUAACUAUUACUUCAGUACUGCAUCACCGAGCAAAAUUGCACUGGGGGAGGGGGGAGAGAAAAAGCCAUUUCAUAGGACAGUUUAGUGCUGCACAAGAAUUUUCCCUCUGGGAAAAUAGGAACCUGCCAGACUAUUAUUUCAUCUCUCCAGUUCUGCCUACUCAAAACGAUAUUGGCUCUCCAGACUAGUCUGAGGUGGGGGUUUUCCUCAUCACCUGCAACCUGACUCUUUGAACCGGACAUAGAAUCAUAGUUGGAUGGGACUCCAAGGGUCAUCUAGUUCAACCCCCUGCAAUGCAGAAAUCUCAACUAAAGCAUCCGUGGCAGGUGGUUAUCCAAGCUCUGCUUAAAAACUUCCAAGGAAGGAGAGUCCACCACCUCCCGAGGAAGACCUUUCCACUGAGAACAGCUCUGUCAGAAAGUUCUUCCUGAUGUUUAGUCGGAAUUUCCUUUCUUGUAACUUGAAACCAUUGUUUCAAGUCCUACCUUCCAGGGAUUGAAUUCAGGACCUUAUACAUGUAAACAAAGGCGUAGGAAGGUCAGGUGGUACCUGGUGCGGAAAAUUUCUUGUCACACGCCCCCCACAUUUAUUUUUUGUCUGCAAAAAAUGGUUUUACGUUAUUUCAUAUUUUCUUACAAAGGAAUGUGGAUUUUGGGCCUCUGAUAACAAGUAGGCGACUAUGGACAGAUACUUAAAUCUACAGGAUGGAUUGUGUUUUGGCUUGUGUUAUUUUAUUUAUAUUUAUUGUUUAUUUAAUAAAAUUUAUUUUAAAAAACUUGCAAAGUGGUUUGCCAAAACAAAAAAACAAAAAAACCCACAGCAGUAAAAUGAAGAAAAAUUAACUAUCCUACUUUAAAACAUACAAAAGCUAAAAUAUUAAGAUUAAAAUUACUUCAACUUUCUAAGCAUCUAGGUAAGCUUGCCUAAAGAAGAAUGCUUUUAGCAGGUGCCCAAAAAGAGUCUAGCAAAGGCAAGUGCUUUGUUGCAAUAGGCAGGGAGUUCCAAAGUGCAGGUUCCUAAUAUAUUUUUAUUAGCUAUGUUUUGUACAGGGGAAUCUAUUAUCACAUGCCACAUUCAGACAGAAUGGGAGCGAAUAGAAACACCGGAAGCUGUAUGAUGCUGAGCCAGACCAACUGGUCCAGCUACCUCAGUAUCAUCUUUCUACAUUGAGUGGAAGCAUCUCUCCAGGAUUUCAGACAAGGAUAUCAGGAUAUCAGACAAGGAUAUCUCCCAACCCUACCUAGAGAUGCUGAAGUCUGAGCCAGGGACCUCCUUCUGCAUGCAAAGCAGAUGCUCUACUACUUGGUCAUCCCUCAGACGCUUGGGUGACAUGGCCUGUGGGUGGAUAAGUCCCAUAGGACAGGGAAGGCAGAUGUGACCUAGCUGUUUACACUUGUUCAUUUUCCAUGGUCUCUGGCAUUCUGUCUAUUGUAUUUUUGCCAACAUUCCCAUGGUUGUUUCUUAAUUUGUCAUGCCUGAUGGGGUAAUUUUGUUUGAUGUCAGUUCGUUACAAUUUUGCAUACUAAUUACCUUUAAACUUAAACAAAUAGAGAUUGCAAUGCAUUCUCUCCUCUUACUGGAUGAGUUACGCAUUUUCUCUCUCAUUAAGCAGAGGCUGUUAGAUCACGAAUUUCAAAAACUUUAUCGCACUUAGUGAAGUGUAGGUGAUAACAGCAAGAACCUUUAUUGAACCACAGAGCUGAACAACAGGGACAAAGCAACUGCUUAUAUACAUUUCUGAAGGCCUGGGCCACUGCUACCCCCAACGUGAUUGGCUGUCUAAACUUCCAAGCUGCGAAUCGUGACUCAGAGUUUAAGGGCCAAUGGCCGAGGCCCAAAUCCUGAAAUGUUCUGUGAUUGGAUAUCAUGUAUUGAAUCAGAACACAGGAACUCAGAAUUCUUAGUCCAUACUCAAGCUCAGGCAAACACAGACCACUGAAUACAUAACACUAAGCCCCUCUGAAUGCUCAUCUGCUUACUUAGGUUUGUGCCCAACUAUUUUUAUAAUUUAGAUACCCCUUUGUAUCAUAGAGUUUUUAUGUUAGCCCAUUCAAAUGUAUUCCUCUCAUUUGUACUGUCUGGAAGGUUCCAAAAAAUACCCUUCCAGAAUUGUUAUGUACUGAAGUUCUCACCCUGGGCCAGCAGGGGGAAACUGUAGAUAGUUUUCACUCAGGCCCACAUAUGCAAAUAAGGGAUUGAAAGUGACGUUCAGUGAUUGGAUAGUUACAGAAAGUGGUUACUGCUGCGUUGUAGUGGAGCUCUAUAUAAGCAGGCUGGCUGAACCCUUCAGCUCAGUUCUGUUCUGGCCUGUGAAUAAACAAGAGCUGUUUGAAGAAUCGCUGUGUCGUCUGAUAUGUUCACCUACAGCUUAACAAGAAUAGACUUUGCUCUUGUGGUACGAAUACACAAGAUACAAUACACCAUAUAAUUAUGGACUACCGUCUCUUCAACAUGCUUCGGAGAAACCUGCUGGCGACUCCUUUAAAGCUUAAAGUAUCUACUUGCAAAGAAUUUGUCAUCCAAUGUCUGUUGAGGGGUGAUAUUCCCAAACUAUUGAGAUUAUGUCAGGAUAAUUAGCCGAGAUUUUUUAAAGUCAAAUUUUAAACUACUUAACAGUUAUUUAAUGGUGGCUAUUGAGUAUUUUGUUUUCAAUGUGUCUGGAUUACCAAUGUUUUAUGGAUUUCCCCCCCUCUUUUAUGAUUUUAUUAUCUAAAUUAUGCCAAUACUGUAAAGGCAGAAUGAAUAACUGAGUGUAUCUCCAUAUAUGAAAGCAAACUCUAUUUAUGUGGACAUUAGAUUAACUGACACUGUUGACAUUUCUGCAAGCUAUUUAGUAAAUGGAGGUUAUAUUGCCCUAUAAGUGGGCUGUAGUUGGUUUGAUUAGUUCAUCUGAAGCUCAUGAUUAAUAAUGUUUUCUUGCCCUUGUAAAGGUCUUACAGAUACUACUUCAAAUAAAGAUGUCAACAGAGAACACAACUGAGCCGAUUAAAUACCUUGACAAGUAAGUUAGUCAUCUAGGAUUUCCAUCAUUUAAGAUACCAUUCAUUUGACAUAAAUUGUUAAGGCAAACAAGACUUUGUGAUGAUGUUCAUCAUUACUAAAGAAUGUGACAUUGCUAAGAGCUGUUGACAACAUUCAAUAUGCAAAGUCUGUCUUUUGUUCAUAUUGCAGAUAUUUUCCUUAACUUUGUCAGUGUUUUAACUAGUUGAUGUACACAUUCUUUAUAGACAAUUAUUUAUAUCCCACUUUUCAGAAUGGGUCACUUGAAAAGCAAACAAACAAAAGUUCCAUAAAUCUCUGCAGGUUCUGAUACUCUUUUGGCAAUGUGAGAUACCAUAGUAGAAAUAAAAAGCGUUUUUUAAAGUAUAGUAUAGCUGAACUAAAAUUUGAAUUUUUGAAGUCAAAAAAAACCCUCUUUGCAGGUUUUAAGAACAACCUUGAAGCAUUCAUGAUGGCACAGCUAGAAAUUAAUCAUAGCCUAGUUCCUGAUAAAAAGUAGUGAAAGCCAGAGAAAAACAAGCUGAGCUGAGCUAAAGGUACAAACCUCACACAUUUCCACAGGCUGCUGUUUCUCAGGAAGCAAGGUCAUUGCAGUAGGUUAUCAUUUACAUUCUUCUCAGAUACAAAUUUCACAAGGUCAACAAGCAUAAAUAAUUUAUCCGUGUUUCAUGUAUGGGUUCCUGCAACCAGUCACUCUGACACCUGCUGUCACAUUUCUCAUAAGAAAUAUAAUUAGUACAGACACAGGUAGUAAGAGUAACCAGCAUUUUCCAAAGGAAUGAAGUAUUAGCUAGUUUGGCUAUGUUUGGGUUCACUGUGUUUAUACGAUACAAGGAUCUGAUUUGGUUUCUAUCUGUGAAAGACAGAUCCCCUUUGCCCGUGUUGGAGGAGACUCAGCUGCAUUUAUUUACUUCAGCUCUGGGAGGAAAGCAGUGCUGGAAAAGAGAUAUUCAACUAUUUGGCAGAAUUUCAGUGCUCUGGAAAUCAUGUCCUUGAGCCCAUGGAAUCUGCUGGGAAUGAAGCAGUUAGGUGCAUGUUGUAAGGCUCAUGACAUGGACAUUUCUAAGUCCAAAUUAUUUCUUGUUUAUAUUUGUUGCCUCUAAUGUUGUUGGCAUCCGUCUGUCUCGAGAGACAAUGGGGGUGAAUUCAAACUUAUUUUCAUUCCACUUUUCAGAUUUGAGCCUCAAACCAGCUGGGGAUCUGUUGCUCACUUUUGCCAAAAGAGGACAUAGCUGUAUUGCAGGUUGCCUCUUCGAUGUGGUCCCACCUUACUCUGGCACUGUCUCUAGGGUAGUUCAAUUGUGCUUGUUUGACGGAAUCAGUGUUUACAAAGUUUAGGCAUUACUGUCCUGGCAGUGUUGUUUCAAGGCUCUGCACUUCCUGCUUUGUGCUAUGGGUUCUCGUUGGCUGGAGAAGGAUCUUUCUCACCACCAGGGAGUGAUCUGUAUUACAGUCAGCUCUAAAGGUAAAAGGUUAAGGACCUCUGGACGGUUAAGUCCAGUCAAAGGCGACUAUGGGGUUGCGGCACUCAUCUCGCUUUGAGGCUGAGGGAGCCGGCGUUUGUUCACAGACAGCUUUCCGGGUCAUGUGGCCAGCAUGACUAAACUGCUUCUGGCACAACCGAACGCCAUGAUGGAAACCAGAGUGCAUGGAAACACCAUUUACCUUCCCGCUGCAGCGGUACCUAUUUAUCUACUUGCACUGGUGUGCUUUCAAACUCCUAGGUUAGCAGGAGCUGGGAUUUAAACUGCCGACCUUCUGAUCAGCAAGCCCAAGAGGCUCAGUGGUUUAGACCACAGCGUCACCCACAUGCCAUGUGACCUGACACAGUUCAAUUUGUCUGUUCUCAUUCAUGCUGCCAAUACCAAAGUGGCCUGUGCAGUUGUCCCAUGUGUGAUGACAACCCACAACUCUGGCAUUGAAAUCUCCCAGCAGGAAUAGGUGUUUGCAGGCUGGGACUAUCCAGACAGUCUGGUCUAGUUCCCCCUAGAACUGAUUUUUGAUCUGUAUGUCAGAGCACAUGGUGGGAGUGUAAAUGCUCAAGAUGUUAACCACACUAGAGGUGGUUGAGAGACAGAAAGAGAGCAAGCAUUCUGAGCCCUUAAUCGGUGGUUCUAUCACAGACAGAAUGUUGAGCGUUUUCUGCUCAGGGUCAAUGAUGGCUGUCUUCCAUGAGUCAUUAACCUGCACCAGGUCGGUUGGACAAGCCGGGAUACAUGGUCCUGACAUUCCAGCUUGCUAGGCCCAAGAUAGUUUCUUUCUUUACUCUGUUGCCUGGUGCAGUGGUUCAGUUAAGUUAUACUCUAAACUACACAUACCCAUUGAAGCAGGUGGACAGUGGCGAGUCAGCACUAUAUUGACCGGGGUCUGCCUGGCUUAAGAUGGGCAGUAGCUGACCAGUGAGACACAAUGAUCUCUCUCCCACUGACAAAGGCAACCUGUAGCGCUGGUACCUUAUGCCUGUCUGGUUGAGCUUAUAACUUGUAGCUGCUGCCUCCCACAUUGUUUUUGCUGCAUUAGCAGCACUGAAGCGACCUCUCCAGGGAGCAAGCCUGGGCAGUGUAUAUGGAAGUCCUGGGCUGCCCAGACGACAAGACCCCUUCUAGGCCUCUCUGACGUAAUCCAAAAGAAAACAAAAUAGUACAUUUUACACCAACUUAGCUGCAGGAGUUGCUGGAAGGAGGCACAAAAGAUGCCAUCCAACCGCCUUAGGGACUCCACUCUGGAACUGUGUAGGGUUUACUCCUCUGUCUUUCCUUUUCCCAAAGAUGUCCUGAAUGGCAGCAGAUAGAGAUUAUUUCUCAGUGGUUACUCCCAAAGCCUUUCUCACAAAUGAGUAUAGGCAAAAGGCAGUGGAAGUUUAAGGCCAGACUUUUCCUCCUGGGUGGGCUACCUUCCCAGGUUAGCAAACCCCAUCUGCCCCUCAUUUCCCUCUACAGCACGUGCAGAUGCACUAUUGAUCAUGUCCGCUCCAUCCACUGGAGUGUCUCUUCACAUGCAGGGGGUAACAAGUCCCUAACACUGAGCGUUUAAACCCAUCAGCUGCCCACACCUGGUUUAGCUGACCAGUAAUAAUAAUUUCCCAGGAUGUGGAUGCUAUCACAUGCUGACAGCUUCUAGGAGCCACAGGUGACAGCUGAAUGUAGAGUGGGGACCAAAGGUGUAUGGGGUGUCAGGGGAGGGGCAGUGCCUCUGGUGGGGAGCAUGUCAUGCUUCUUCUGGGGUAGUUUGACCAUCUUUGGCCCCCCUCUGCACUCAGCUCUUGCCUCUAACAAAUGUGGGUGUAAAUAAUUUGUCUUAUGGCAACUGGGACAUGCUCUGAUGAAACUGCUAGAGCCAUUCAUUCUUCAGCCAUUAAGAUUUUGGAGCUGGAGCCAGAGAUGGAUACUCUAUUCCAUAUGGACUGAUCCCCUGAAAAAUUAAUGUGAUUUGGCACUGCUACUCUCAAUUUGAAGUCACGCCAGCAGACCGACUCUGCAUUUUUAUUACAGCUCCUAGCAUUAAUUGUUUCAGCUCAAGAUCUGGACAUAACACAAAUGUCAUGGAUGUUUUAUAACACAAAAUUCUGCUGUCAAAGUAUCAAGCCCAGGUGAUCUAAAAUUUGUAACACUACUUGCUGGAAUGGCUUUUUAAAAAUGCAUUUUUUUGGUAGACAUUUUCAAAAUAGUUUUCUAUUCUAAUUUUCAAGUAUUUUCUUUAAGAAAUUUCUAAUACCUCUUGUUUUUAAUUGUUAAAUAAUAAAUUCAAAGUUAGGGUUUGAUCUUUCCAGCACCAGUGUGUAGCCCUCCCUUUUAAGGGUAUCCUUUGCUAGAGGCAAGAUAAGAUAUGCCAGUCCUUGUCCCAAAAUCUGCUGGACAACUCCUACCAGCAACGAGACCACUUUCUAUUUGUGAUCUGUCUUUGCCCACAAUUUGCCAGGUUAGUUUAUGAAGCCAGAAAGCAAGAGAGGCUGACUGUGUGUCAAUUCUAUUCUGAUAGUUGGCAAUGUCAGGGGACUCCACACAUGUAACUCCCAGGAGGUACAUGAGGAAACGUUAUAAGCUUAGUGGUAGAGCGUCUCUUUCGUAUGCAGGUGAGUCCCAGGUUCAAUCCCUGGCAUCUCCAGGAAGGAUUGGGAGACAUCACUGUCUGAAAUCCUGGAAAGGCACUGACAGUCCAUGUAGACAAAACUAAGGGCAAAUCUACAAUGGUCAGUUAAAACAUUUAAAAUGUGUUAUAAAAAUGUGACACCAGAGGCUGCUGUAGAGCAGUGAUCCGUCAUCAAUAGAAAAUUGCAUUGACAGCUUUCUUACGUUUUUAUUUUUCACAGCAUUUUUACAAUUGAUGUAGAUCCAACCUAAGCUAACAUGAACACUGGCAAUGCUCUGACUUCAAUUGAGGCAGCUUCCUAUAUUCCUAUGAUGAUGGCAGGCCAAAGUGGAGGGUGGGUGUCUUCAAAGUACCGUAUUUUCCCAUGUAUAACACGCCCCCAUUUAUAACACCCCCCCCUAUUUUGGGGGACUCAAAUUUAAGAAAAUGGGGGGAGAUUGCCAGAAGUUGUUGAGCUUUUUUGGGAAGGAUUGCCCAGGGUUCUUGAGCUUUUUUCAAGGGAAAUGCUGAAAAUCACUAACCCAACUGACAAACACUGACAAUUGCUCGCGUCGCUGAAGCCUACAUGCGCCUGCCCACUCACCAACAUCAGAUGGCAAUCGCAACUCCUAUUGCCAAAGCGGCAGCCAAUCAACAGCAGCCCUUGCCACAGUAACCAAUCACCCACCCAAUUACCACAGCAGGAGCCAAUCCAAAGCAGCACUUGACGCAGCCCCCAAUCACCCAAAAAAUCACCACUUACAAGCUCCUGCUCGCGGCUGCAACCAAUCACCCAUCCCCCCCAUGCACUAUCCGUAUAUAAGAUACCCCCCCCUUUUUGACAUUAUUUUUGAGUAAAAAAACCUCAUCUUAUACAUGGAAAAGUACAGUAAUUUAUAUUAUGUCUCUAUCAUGGUGAAGAUACCUUGUAAAUGAAUGUGUUUAGUGCAGUAUGUAAGGAAAUAAAAACACAUUUGGUUCCUAUACUCUGUAAAAGGUAAAGGGUAAAGGGACCCCUGACCGUUAGGUCCAGUCGUGGAUGACUCUGGGGUUGACAUAUUUCAAAAAGUAAAAGCCAGGACACCCCAAUUUUUUUUAUUUUAUUUUUACAAAAAUGCCAAAAAAGCCAACAACGCCUAAGAUCCAGGGCAAAGCGCCGCCUUUCUAAAAUUCCCCCCAGACGUCAAUUCUGCCUUUGAAAUCCCAGUAAUGUCCGGGGAAAAUGUCUGGACAUAUGGCAGCCCUAGUUUAGGCAAGUCUAUCCAAACAUGAAGAGGUUACGUGUGUUUUAAUAUGUUUUCAGCUUAUUGUUGAUUUAAGUUUCUGAAUGAUUUCAAAUGUGUUUUUUAACUAUGUUCUUUAAAAUUUUUAUGUUUCAUUUUAUUUUACUGUAAACUGCUUAUUUAGAUUCAAGCAAAUUUUGUUUAAGAGAUAGGUAUGAAGUGAGGGGGGCGCGAGAGGAGGGGAUUACAACAACCUGAAUACACUUUACCUUUCUUAUUUUACACUGCUGUCAUAGCUGGGCAUUCUAAUAUAUGUCUUACCUUUAACUCCAUAACCUUUUAACUCAUUCAGUUUCUUGUUGGACAGGAGUCAGAGCCAGCCUUUCCUGCCUACGAUUCCGCAUGUUUCUGGAAGCAGAGUGCAUUCCCUUGAAGACCGGCUGUCCAACCAGGAGAGGACCACAGCUGUCCUCCUGGAUCAGGCCUUUCGGAUCAAAGAUGGCCUCGUUUCUUACCUUCAUGGAAAUAAAGGCGUUCAGCAAGGGGAGACAGCAGCACGCCAGCUCCUGGAGAACCACAUACAGACGAUCACAAGCAUAGUUAAAAAGCUGAGCCACGACAUAGAGGUACCACCACCGCAGUCGUGUUUGGCAUUGCCGACAAUUUGUUAAAGCUCUGGUUUAUUCAGUAGCUAUGUUGUGUUCAGCUCCAGAUGGGUUUACUUAAGAUUAAGUUACUUAUAAAAUAUGCAUAUCUUUGUUCUCCCCAGGAGGCAGCAAGUCUAGCCAGCUAGCUGCCAACAUCUGCUUUUUGCACCGACUCCUGAAUGCAAAUUACCUGGGAGCGAUGAUCACCGUUAGGACAGGGGAAGCCUCAAAGGACAGAUUCUGACUUGUUGCUCAGAUACAUCUCUUACCCCCAAACUAGGGAAAAGAGGGAUUUGGGUAGAAGAACUUUGAUUCCCAUUCCCCCAUAACUCAUUGCAGAACUUGGCUGUUGCUUAUAUAUUCAGAAAGGGCACAUGCAGGCUUUAAGAUCUAUGUACAGUCGUGCCUUGGUUCUCGAACAGAAUCCAUUCUGGAAGUCUAUUCGACUUCCGAAAACAUUUGAAAACCAAGGUGUGGCUUCUGAUUGGCUGCAGGAGCUUCCUGCACUCAAUCGGAAGCCUCGGAAGCCGUGUCGGACAUUCGGCUUCCAAAAACAUUUGCAAACCAGGACACUCACUUCUGGGUUUGCGGCAUUCGGGAGCCAAAGCAUUCGAGUGGCCAAGGUACGUAUGUACUAGAAUCAUAGAAUCAUAGAAUCAUAGAAUCAUAGAGUUGGAAGAGACCACAAGGGCCAUCGAGUCCAACCCCCUGCCAAGCAGGAAACACCAUCAGAGCACUCCUGACAUAUGGUUGUCAAGCCUCUGCUUAAAGACCUCCAAAGAAGGAGACUCCACCACACUCCUUGGCAGCAAAUUCCACUGUCAAACAGCUCUUACUGUCAGGAGGUUCUUCCUAAUGUUUAGGUGGAAUCUUCUUUCUUGUAGUUUGGAUCCAUUGCUCCGUGUCCGCUUCUCUGGAGCAGCAGAAAACAACCUUUCUCCCUCCUCUAUGUGACAUCCUUUUAUAUAUUUGAACAUGGCUAUCAUAUCACCCCUUAACCUCCUCUUCUCCAGGCUAAACAUGCCCAGCUCUCUUAGCCGUUCCUCAUAAGGCAUCGUUUCCAGGCCUUUGACCAUUUUGGUUGCCCUCCUCUGGACACGUUCCAGUUUGUCAAUGUCCUUCUUGAACUGUGGUGCCCAGAACUGGACACAGUACUCCAGGUGAGGUCUGACCAGAGCAGAAUACAGUGGCACUAUUACUUCCAUACAGUGGCACUAUUACUUUGAAGUUUAUCUUCAAAGGCAUUUUCAGCUGAGUAUCCAGAAAGGUAAUUUUGACUCUUUUCUUUGCACUUUGGCCCCUCAUCAUUUUGAUUCUUUCUCCAUGCUUAAGUGAUAGGUGAUGAUUCUCCAAAGCACCUUGACCAGAGCUUUCCAAACUUUUCAUGUUGGUGACACACUUUUCAGACAUGCAUCAUUUCGUGUGACACAGUAAUUCAGUAUUACUAGCAAACCAGAGGUUAAACUAACCCCUUUUAAGCCCCGGGAGGAGCACUGGGAGAGUUUACGCGACCCACCUACACACUGCAGCCAACACACUAACAUGUUGUGACACAGUUUGGAAAGCUCUGACUUAGACUCUAGCCUUCCUGAAACAUUUUAGGGCCCUUGUGUCUUUGCCCCAUAACAAUAAUCCAGGAAGCAUUCCCUGGUACAGCUCAAACACUAGAGAAACCCCAACAAGACACCCCCAUCCCCAGAGCUUAAAAAUUUAGAACUACGAGGUGGCAGAAUUAUGGACUAUAGCCUUUCAAAUUGCAGGUGGGGAAUGUUUCUCCAUACUCUAUUGAUGAAAAAGGCUCCCUACUAUAUGUUUCUGGACCUACCUCAAGUUUUUUUUAGGAUUCUACAGCCAGCUUCCCCCAUACCUUAUGUUUUGCUUACAGAUUAUUGUGGCUUUCUCUUCUUCCAUGCAUGAAACUGGGUGUUAAUUGGGGGUCAGGUAGUUGCAAUCCCCCACAACACCCUCUUGAGUCGAGACAUUUAUUUUACCCACACACAAACUUAGCAUCUAAAAAACCGUCAUAAUAAUGAAAUACUUCCUGGCACAAAGGUUGUUUUUAAUUAGCCUCUUUUGCACUGGAAGAAGAGACUGCCAUAAUAACCAUGAAUUUGGAUCCUGGCAGAGUUGGCCACCAGGGAGACUGUAAGCUAACAACCCUAUUCUCAGAGUCAUAGCAACUAUACUGAUGGAAGCAUUAAUGAUAUUCCACAUGAGGAGGUAAAUCCACGAUGGAUUUCUUUGGUUUGUCCUGUUACUUGCUAAGCAAUCAGCACUUCCAUGUUAUAUAAAAUAACAAAACCAUUAGGAGGACAGACACAUUCUAAUAGAGUAUUUCAAAUUAUGGGGAGAGUCGGCAUAAUUAAAAAUGUUUUAAAAGAGUACUUAAACAUUGUUGUUUCAGUUAUAUUCAUGAAAUAAUAAUGAAUCACUUAGAACAAAGUUAAAGGCAGGCAAGGAGAGAAUGUUCUCUAUUCCCACACUCUCAUGAAUUCUCAGAAUUAACAGCUUUAUAGUGGAGUGAGACAGCUGGAAAAAAAAUCACAUCUGGCAACCAGUGUUUCCCUUUGGUUUCAGAUAGUACAUAGGUAAAGGUACCCCUGCCCGUACAGGCCAGUCGUGCCCGACUCUAGGGUUGUGCGCCCAUCUCACUUAAGAGGCCGGGAGCCAGCGCUGUCCGGAGACACUUCUGGGUCACACGGCCCUCUAGCAGCUAUAGUGGCUCAUUUAUCAGAAGUAAUGUAUUUUGCAUUAACUCUGGAAGUUUUUACUAGCUUCUGACCAAACUAAGCCUCCUAGAGCAAAAUAAACACCAGGUUUACCCCCCCCCAAAAAAAUCAUGGAACCAUAGAAUUACACAAUUGGAAGGUAUCCCCAAAGGUCAUCUAGCCCAACCCCCUGCAAAUAUGACCAUAAAACCUUCAUCCCAGCCUUAUUUGAUUUAACAGCAUCAAACAUGAAAGAAAAUACAAUACUCAGAGUGUACUUCCUGUUUCAGAGAGAGAAACACCCCUCUCACUGUAUAUAGCUCUCAUGAUUCACACCGUCACUGAAGAAAAUAAAUAAAAUGUCUCAUCUGGGCCCGAGUGUUACAUAUAAUCGAGUGCCAGAAGUAUCAGCCACAUUAACAAAUGUACUGUGUGAACAAUACAGGGGGAAACAUUGUGUCCCGGGCUUUUCAGGCUUGUCUACCCAUGUACUAUCUGGAACCAAAGUGGCACAUCGAUGGCCAGGUGUGAAAUAUUAUGGCAUUAUUUUCAGCUCUCCCACCCCACUAUUAGCAUUUAGUCCUUAGGUGGCGAACUUGUGGCACAGACAGCACCAACAACACAGUUUUGUGAUAUUCUUAGGCAGCCUGCAGCCUGGCUAUGCAUGCCUUCCCUGUUGAUAGCAAUAUAUUUCUUAAAAUUAAGUUUCUGGGCAGCUCUAGAGGCACCCACUAUGGUCCAAUUAAGACAUAACAGAAGCCAUGGUUUCCUGCUAUCUGAAUGAACUGUGGUGAGCCUUGUACUCACAUGCUCCCCCUCCCCUUUCACCUUUCAUUGCCAUGAGAAUGGAAAUAAUGGUUUGUCUAAAGCUGAUUUGUUAAAAGAAGCCAGGAUAAAUUUCAGAGCCUGGGUUGUUCAACCCUAAUUCAUAUAGUGUGGAAUGAUGAUUUCACCUUACAUCUGAACCAGACCAAAUGUCUUGCCAUUAGGGAGAUGGGUGUGAGUAAUGUAGUGUGGUUUCAAGGAACUUUUGUCCUAGGUUUGGCCUUCCUGCUUUCAGGUUACACACGGCCUCCCUUUGGACCACAGCAAAGUCCCCAUUUCCACAGUACAAACUGCUCUACACUUUCAUUAUUCAGCUGCCACUAUGCUGUCAGACCUAGUUUAUUCAUCCAUUGGAUUGUUUGGUUUGGAGACCAGUUCACUUGCCAGGGAAAAUACAAAUAAUGUGAUUAGGGCCUUAGGAACCUUCCCCAUAUCUCAAGAUUCUAUAUUGAAUGUCGGCAAUAUGGAUGAAAAUUGUAUACACAAACACAGGCAGAUAUUGGAAGCUUCGACAGUGUGGGACCGUCAACUUCCAAAGGUACCACCAGGUCUGAGGAAUGUGAUAAUCUCUAAGGUAAAGGAAUUGCCUUAGCCCAUUAAAAAAUGUAAACCAGUGCAGACUCAGCUGCUCUUUAGCUUCCAAUGUAAGGCCCCCUAUUUUAAGUAAUAACAGCAGUUUGGGUGUUUGUAUAACACGUGUUUUUAUGUUGUGAACCACCACCCUGCGAUCUUCAGAUGAUAGGUGGUAUACAAAUUUAAUAAAUAAUAAUAAAAGCAACAACAAUAAUUUGUAUAAAACACGCUUUGGUACAGUCCUUUACAUUUCUGCUUAAAUUAUAGGUUCUGGAGAGGCAAAUAAAAUCAAGAGAUGAUGCAACAUCAGGAACUAACUUUGCUAUGCAGAGUCUAGACCAUAAACACUUGCAGGGAGUUGGAGAUCUACGUGGAAGAGUAGCUAGGUAAGUUUGACAUACUUUAGUAAGGGAAACCUACCUCAACAAUAUUUGAACCUUGGCUCACAUUUACAACAUCCUGGGCUGGGGACCCAAAUACCUGAAGGAGCACCACUAGUUUUAUCAUCAUACCUGCGCCUUCAGAUUUUGGGAAGAGGCCCUUCUCUGUGUUCUACUGUGGGGGCAGAUGCAUUGUGUGGCGACACAAGAAAGAGCUUUCUCCAUACAAACACCCUGACCCUAAAACUGCGUGUCCUUAAACAAAGCACAUUACAAUAACAAAACUACGUGUUACAUUAAAUGUGUGGUUUGCCACCUUCUCUCUAUGUGUGGUGGUGGAUAGAGGCUGAUCCAAAUCAGAAUUGGUGCUGGUGGCAUAGGGAGUUACAUUACACCAGCACCAUGGACCUGAUGAAAAUUGCUCCUCUCAGCACCGUUUGCUCUGAACAGGAAGCUGCUACUUGCCCAAAAGAACCUUCUCCCCUGGGUCAAAUAGCUUCGGCAUGCAGUGGCAAUGAUCAGUAUCACAGUAUCUGGGGGAAGUGAAACAUGUAGGCCACUGCUGGCGGCUUCUUUUUUUAAGGGGGGGAACACAAGUGAUUUAAUGUAUCAUGUAGUUUUGAAGUUUUCAAAACCUUGGUUUUAUAAUUGAAGACUCCCAUUUGUAGAACGCUGAACUGGUGCCUCUUAAGUUCAAAGCUGGAGGAAGUGUUCUGUACAUGUUGUUGCACAUCACCCCAGUUUCUGAGCAGUGAGAAAUUCCAGGCAUUCCAGGAUCUUACCCAGGGCUCGUGUUUCCUUUUGGAAGUGGCACACAGCCAAGACUGUGGAGUCUUCAUGAUAUAUGGUUUAUUUACACACAUAUACCACCUGAGCCUCUGAUGGAGGGGUUCACAGCAUGAACACCCAAAAACCAUCUUGUUCUCCCACAGCUACAGCCUUGGAUUCAAACAGAAAUCAAACAUUGCUCUGACUCUCCAGCUUGCUGCUUUACUUCUAGGUCACGUCACAGCCAAACUCUACUCCAGACUCCGGCACUAUCUUCUAACUAACUGUGAUCUGGGGGAGGGGCCCCACCCAUUUGCUGCCUCACACAGAGUUCCGUUCCUUUGUUCCCUUUAAUGGCCCAUCACCCAUGCUAUCACUUCAACACAGGAAGUUGGCCUGGCUUAUAUUUUAACAUUUGAUGGAUGCAGAAGGAUCUCACACAGAGCCUAUUUCCUCCACCCCAAACUUAAAAUACUAUGUUAAAUUUUGGUAUAAAUAUUGCCUCAUUAAUUAAACUCACGCAGUGAGAGGAUUGAUAAAAAUAGAAUUCUUAGCAUGAGAAGAAACAAGAAACAGGGAUGUGGGGUAAGUUACAAUGGUGCUGCUUUGCAGGUGGUUACUGGGUUUUAAAUAGACUGGAAUUGGAAAGAGGCUUUUGGACAGAAACUACAGGAAUUGCACUUUCAAGCUUUUAUCCAUGGAUCACAGAAGCUGUCUUGAUUUCACAAACUCCUUCGUCACAAGAGUAAAAAAAAAAAGAAAUUAUUUAUUGGCCUUGGAAUGGUAUUGGUGGGUCAGCUUUGUGUAGAUCAACUACACAAAUAUUAAGCAACAUAGGAAAAUGUGUGGUCGAUGAAACUGAAUUACCAUUCAAUACUUUUGCACAGAUAUCCCAUCUGCCACGAGAUCACCCCUUUUGGAGUAGUUAUUGAACUUGGCCUGCGUAUUUAAUAGUGUCUCAAAGAGUGUGCAUUAUAUUUUGGCCUUAAGGUUGGCACUGAAACACCGUAUUAGGAACUGCAGGGGAUAAACAAUUUAAUAUGUGACACUUUCCUAUAUAAUUAACAGAGCAAGUAGUGAUCUAAAUAAUUAGUGUUAGUUCCCUGGGUUAUUUUAUUAAAGUAAGGCCAAUUUAUUCCACCUUUUUUGUGAGAGUGAGAUGAGCGAGCACAAAUCUCUAGGCUCAGCACAACCUCCUGACAUUGCAGCAAUAAAGGCUGGUUUUAGUAGCUGUGUUUAAGCAGUCAAUUUUAAAUGAGUAAUUGCUCUUAGAUUAAGCUAUAGUACAAGGGAAUGAUUGAUACCACAUUAUGAGCACUUUUUGCAUAUUGCUUGUUACUAGUGCUCUCUUAUGGAAAUGUUGAGCUAGCCUAAUUUGAAAUACUGAAAAACCUCUAGUACAAAAGCUGUUACUAUGCUUGCUUAGGACCCGUCUCUACACAUCUGAAAGCUACUUUUCCAUGUUCUGGGAAUAUGCCCUUCUAGAGCAUGAGCGAUGGGGAAAAUUUAUGCCCCCAGUGCAGCCCAGCCUGACGCUUCUCGCUGUGGGUGUUGGUUCUUCUGACGCCCAGGAGAGAAGCUCUGGGCUAGGCGGCUGUAUGGGGACGGCUGCUUCAAGCCCCCUCAAAAAUCCAUGCCCAGGGCCAUAGCCCCUCUGGCACCCCCCCACACUACACCCCUGCAAUCCAGCAAGGCAGAAGAACCCAGUUUCCCCCAGUGCCAAACCAAAACCUAAGCUGCCAUCCUGCAGCCACUUACCUGGGAAUAUGCCCUGGGAGACUGUCUUCUGGGUGGACAUGUAUAGCAUUGCGCUGUAAGUUAAUUAUACAAUAAAUUCUUAAUAAAAGACUGUACUUUCCCUCCUGUAGAGCAAUAUAUACCCACCAGAAAAAUGCCUCCUUGCUGCUAAGAAAAACGGAAGGAGAAAUUAUGAAGCUGCCAAGGACUAGAAAAUAAGAGUAAACUAGGAACAGUGCAAUAAGGGAUGGGCGUGUUGGAUUCUCUUUGGGAUCCCAUGGAUUCCUAUUUCCUUGUAUCCAAACAACUCACUUUUCAAUCAUAGCAAUUAUUCACCCAUUGGCUAAAAGCACUGGUAGGCAGGAGCAGCCAGGCUGUCUUAUUUCACAUAAAUUUCUUAGGGUAUCUACAUGUUUUGCUUCAUCACUUUCUAAGAGGGCUAUAGACUUAUUUUUUGUCUUAAAAAGAAAGCUCAGCCUUUUGGUUAUGUGCCUGGGAGCACAAAUGAUGACCUCCAUAUUUGCAAGCCUUGAUGUUGCCUAACAAAAUAACAUGCACAUGGAAACCAGUGCUAUUGUGCAGAAUGGGUGUUACAGCAACUGCUCUGGUUAACAUUUCGCACCAGUGUAGUUUCAAGAUACUCUUCAAAGGCAGCCUCAAAUAGAAUGAAUUGAUUGGAGGGGGUGUCUUUAGGUAAGAGUCAAAGAGCUAAGUGCAUGGUGUAUGGAUUCUGCCUUCUGGAGGAAAGUUAAAGGUUUGGGUCGAUGCACUUCUAGGUGAGAGAUGGUGUCAGGUAUUGAUGGGGCUGUGGGAAUUUUUGGGGACUGUUAACACUACUUUGCAUUCUGUCAUCCACCUUUGCUUCCAGAUGUGAUGCCAGCAUUGCAAAACUCUCUGGAGAUAUAAAUAUCAUCAGGCAUGAGAUCUCAAAACAAGAGAAAGAAAUUCAUGCGAUCAAGUCUACUGUAGAAAAUUAUGCUAAUAAUUUGGAGUUGAAGGUGAGUGAAUCUGAAUGUUUGUUAUUCAAAUCUUUAAGGCGUGUCAGACAUUGCCCCAGUUCCCCAUUUGAUUCCAAACUACUGACUGACCUUAGUGAAAGACGGAGGCUGAGUUCGAACUAUAAUUAAAUGUACCAUGAAUGAGUUACAGAAAGCCUUGGCUUACAUGGUCUCCCAUUUUGCUUCUUCUGUUGAGCAGUUUGGAAGCAAUUACUACCAUCUUUGCUUAAUGACAGCUUGUAUCAUCUAAACAGACAAACUGUGGUUAGUGUUACCUAUGGUUUGUUUAAAAGAAUCCAUAAUAAAUAGUGAGAGGUAGUACUUCUUCAGUACUGAAAACUAAACACUGUACAAAGGUGUGUAAAAAUAUUAACAUUAAUAGAAUGGUUUUGUAAGUUUUUUCCAGGUUUGUUUUUUUUAAAAAAAGAUUGAAACCCCAAAAUAAUUUUAGAUUUAAUCUUACAGGAGCCCGAUUUUCAGUGUUUUGUGCAUUUGAGGCUCAUGCUUGAGGGCAAAAGCUCAGUCUGGGAAUGUCUAUAUUAAUAGGACAAAAUUGUUUGUGAGCAAAGAGAAGAAGCAAUUUGCCCUUCCAGCCAGCAUAUAAAUUAAGCUUUAGGAAAAGGUUUUGUGGCGACACAACCUGAAAGAAAGAACUUUGGGAGAACAGUGCUCUGUUUUAUUAAUCCUAUAAUUUACAUAAGUGUCCUAAAAUUAUGUAAAAACCUUAUUUAUAUACUUCUGUUUGGUGUUUUGAUUUACCUAUCUGUGAAUCCCUUCAGAGACACUUAAUAAAGACCUUUGAUAAACAAAAGAAUGUAAGAAUCAUACCAAAAAAAGAAAGAAAGAAAAGUUGUGUAAGCCUGUCAGGAAACCCUAUCUGUAAAUCUCAGAUAUGUGAAAUCUGGGUGCGGUUAGCAAGUGAUGAAGACAGAGCAUUUUGUUGUUCACUUCAGUUCCACAGCAGCUCUCUCGCAAACAAGCUGGCACUCAGGAACUGAAAUUUACCGCCCUUUGCAACAGAAAAACAUCAACAAGCAAGGAACUUGCCGAGGAGAUUCGUAAUUCAUUUUAAAACUUUAAAGGGAACCUUACUACUAACCUGCUCUUAGGCAUUCAGGGCCUUACAGAAAGGAGGCAAAAAGGCAGCAUCCAAACUGUUCUGAGGUAAUGAGCUAGCUGCCCAUAAAGGUGACUGCUGCCAGCCUCAACUCUGCCACUGAGCAUGUGCAGACUUAUUAAAGUAAUAGACAACAGUGGAUUACACUGUCAUAUCUAUAAGGAGAUUGGCUAUUGCUUGCUAGCUUUACCUUUUUUGACAUAUAUAGGCCUGUAACCCCAAAACAGUGUCAGCACCAGGCACCCUCAGGCAUUAGACAGGGCCCACCACUGCUGGUGCCUCCCCUGGAUUCCCAGCCAACUUACUGAGUGAUAGACAGCCAAAAGCUUCCCACAGAGCCCUGGAGCAUUAACAAUCGUAUCACUCAAGGGAAUUGUGAGAAAUUAAUAGUAGUUGGUUUAGCCAUUCACCAGUUACCAGGUAAACCCACAUUCAUGGUGGCCUCCCAACAUAGGAGUGUGGGGGGGGUCCAUAGAGGGAACUCUACCAAUAGCCCCCUUACACCUGGAGUCAGUCUCCUUCACUAGAGGAUUUUAAGCAGAGGUUGGGUGGCCAUCUGUCUUUAGUUGAGAUUCCUGCAUUCCAGGGGGUUGCACUAAGUGACCUUCUAGGUCCCUUUCAACUCUAUAGUUCUGUCAUUCUUUGACAAGUAUGUAAGAUAAAGACUGUUGAUGUACCCUCAUUGUAAGAACUUUUUAAACUGCAUACUUUUUGAAGGUAUCUGAUCUAACAUGAAUGUUCAGAUGUUUGCAGUACUAAUAGAAAAUAAGCUACCCAUGUAUAUUGCUACAUAUGAUAUUCAUGGCUUCUCAGUUUUGGAGAUUGAGCCCUGCUCUAUUAAAGACCAAAGCUAUUAUUUAGCAGGCAUUAGAUGGCUGGUCUUUUCUUUUGCUUCAGUAUUGCCUUCAUUCUUCAUAGUAUAGUAGCCACACUUUAUUUCCCAAUCUCCUGUAUUCCUUACUGACAGUUUACUGUCUUUCUCAAAGGACAGGUAUUCUUGAGAGGGUGCGAGUGGAAAUAUUUCACCGGAAAAAUGUGGCCAGAGGCAUGUUUCAAAUCUGUCUUCCUCUUGGCAGAAAAUGAUGCUUCCACAAUCCAAGUAAAAUAGAAUAAAUGCACGUCAUGAAUCACAUAUACCAGAAUACCAAAAAAUGUAAAAACAAAGUUAGUCUUUUCCUAUUGAGAGACAUCAAGCAGGGGAAAAUGACAAAUAAAAGCUCAACAGGAAAAGGUGGUGGGGUGUGUGUGCCCAGAGCUUAGCCACACAUCCAGAAAUAAUCACGAUACAGCCCUCCCUGGAUUACACGUAAGAUCAGAAUGCAAAACAGAGCAUCAACAGCUAACACUAAAAAUCUCACACCACUUUGUCCCUUCAAGAGUACUAAACUGGCUUUGUUCAUUGAUGGCCUGCAGUCAGUUGUAGUGCAGUUGUACCUCAGGAUACAUUUCCCAAAUAUAAAACUGAUUUUUCCUCAAUCUUAUCUAAGCACCCUUAUGUACUCUUCAACUCUAUCAUGACCCUAACAUUUUAGUCAGUUAUAACUGCUCCUGAAAGCCACACUGAAUUCACUGGGUUUUAAGAGUUGUCGAUACACAUAAUUCAAUCAGCGAAAUUCUGGCGGAUACUAAAUUAUUUUGUACCAGUUGAUGGCAAGCCUUUAUUACUGAGUUAAAUUAAUUCUGAGAAAAGCUUUUAAGAAUGGGCCUGUCGGAAAUUCUGGCUUUUCCCACUCACUGCAGCAAUAAUGUGUGUUUAAUGUAAGUGCUGGAAUUCUGCCUUAUAAAGAGUGUUCCCUGUUGAAUUCUUAUUAGGUAAUGCAGCUUUUAGGCAAGAUAGACACUUCAAACUCAGAGCAAAACUCAAAUUUGAAGGCAAUACAAGGAAAUCAACAUCAUGAAUUGCAGCUCCUGGAUCUCAAGUAGGUGGUGAAAGCUUUUUAACUUUAUUAACACACCUAGUUUAGGCCAAUGGAAUUUUUUUGAGGGAGCAAAACAGAACCAUUUAUUUACAUGCUUUUGGGAAUCCUGACAAACUAGUGAGAAAACUUCGAUAGAAACCUAACAAUAUUGGUCGCAGAGUAAAUUGCCAAAGUGAUACUCUUGCCCCUCAAAAAGCAAAGGAAGAAUUGCACUUUCCCCCUUUAUUGUAAUCGUUUAUUAUGAACCAUAGCCCAGAGAUUAUGCAUGUGCAAAGAUGUUUGCACCUUGUUUCCUUGCAUUUAUAAAUCUUUUUGUAUAGAAAUCUAGCACAUCCAUGAGAAAGAAUUCCGCCAAGCCCCCUUCUUGAUGGUUUAGUUUUUUUGUGUGCAAGUGUUUUCUUUGUUUUGCUUUGUGUUGUUUUAAUGUGGUGAAGUAUUCAGAAAAGUAACAAUAGCUUUGCUUACUGGAGACAUUAAUGCCAAAAGUCUUUUUACGAGGGGUGGGGACGCAUUAUGAGGCUCAAGGUUUAUUUUUUGCAACCUACCCCUUUCAACUUUUCACUGCACACUAAGGUCUCUCUACACAGGACUUCUGGUUUUCUCUGCCAAUUUCUUAAUUUUUCUGUGACUCUUUUUCUAUAUAUAACUAAUUCAAAACUUAACUACAUGAGUCAUGCAAAAUCACAUAGGUUCAGAGCUAUGAGUGAAACAUGGCCUUGAGUCACUUCACCAAUUAUUGCUGAUGUUAUGUAUGUAGGUACACACUCCCACAGAGACACUCCCAUUUCUGGCUCAUGGCUUUGUCACUGUUGUUCAUAUCAAGGCGUCUCGUCUUUUACUUUCAGGAUGGUCUAACUAGGCCUGUGUUUCAGAUCCUCAGGCUACGCUUUGGAGAUUUCGUAUUCUCAACCAGUUCUGUUUCUCAGUAUUAUUCUGGCCUUUUAUACUCCCGCCCACCUGUUGCAUAGCUGGAUGUUAGAUUCACCUUUUUUCUUUUUAAGUCUUUGGGUUUUCUAGCUCAGAAAUUGUGUUCCUAAGCUAAUAUAUUAUACUGAAAAAUGAGUGGAAUCAAAUGACUCAAAUGUCAGGUUUUUGGUUUUUUUAGUUGCUUCUUAUUUGGGAAUACCCUUGGGUCCAAGUAUUACGCUGAUAUCUACUGUACACCCUUGAGCAGAAAGUCAGGAAUUUCAUCUCACAUACAGAACUUUACAAAACUUGGAAGUAUAUGGAACAAAUUCAAAAUAUAUCUCAAAUGUGAUUCUGUGGUGACUAUAUUUACUUGAUUGAUUGAUGCUGCCACACAUGAAAGUUGGCUGCCUUGAGAAAGUUAUAUUUAGCAGACACAAAAUUAGACAAUAUAAAACGGCCUGUGUGAGAUAUAGCUUAGUAAUGUUCCAGCCACCUUAAAAGGUAAAUGUUGAGUGUGUCUUUUUGACAGACAGAGAUAGGGAGGUCUCCAAAUUUAACUGGAUAUAGUUAUCGUACUGUGUUGCAUGAAUAUUCACUAAUGGUAUCUUUAAAUGCUAGGAUAAAUGGUGUUUUAAAUGACUUUAAGGAUCAAAUCCAAAACCAGCGGAAGUGGAUAGAAAAUGAGUUGAGGAGAUCUGAGCAAGAGCAGGCCUCUCUCAUAAAUCAGUGUCUUUAUUCAGUGAAAGAAAGAUUGGUAAGUAUACUUAGAAUUAUUACUUCUAAUGGAUGUUACAGUGAACCUAGGAAGACUUACUUACCUAGACCUUGUGAAAGUACCUGUAAUUAAGGAUUUUCCAGGAAGGAAUACAAACUGAGAUCAGCUUAAAUACUUUCAGGGCACACAUAGGAGGAAUAGUGCCCCUUUAAGCAAUGGGAACUGGGGAGAGCAGGGACAACUCAGGCAAAGAGAAAAUUGGGAGAGAGUUCCCUUAGGAUAAACUGAGAAGGGAAAAUGGGCACAGAAGCAAAGCAAAUGCACAUGAAAGGAAUAUGAGUAUAAGGGGGUCAAAUAUUACUAUCAGAGAUAUUCGGCAAUCUUUUAGCCCUUGUGCUCAACAUAGUGCUGUCAAGUGGUAAAAUACUACUUUUAUGAAAUGGAAAAUAUAGAAAGCAUGCAUCAUAAAAAAUAAAAUUACCUUCCACAAUGGGUAUCAUACUUUGCAUCAUAAGCAAAAUCUUAACACAGUGGCUUCAAUAAGCCUCCCAUGGAUGGCAAAGUGCCUACUUUUCAAUGAGCGACAUUCUAAAUUAGUUUAGUUUCUUGGCAGUAGAAGAGUUCCUGGCUCCAUGCAAGCACUUAAGUUGAGUGUUUAGCUUCAGGAAAUCCUUAUUCCAGGAUUAGGGCUCUCAGUGUUUAUCUGAAUUAAAUGUCUCACACAAAAUUCUGGAUGCAGCUGGAAAGAUUCAUUUCAUUAAGUCACAUCACAGGAGUGAGAAAUCCAGUUCUUAUAUACAAGAGUCUGAAAUCUAAGUAACUGCUAAGCCUAAAUUAUUGACAUUACAUAGCAAGUUUAAAAUGUCACAUUUCCUAUAUUAAAACAUCAAGGUCAAUGUUGGCAACCUCAAAAAUAUCAAGUGCUGGAUUGCUUUGAAUUUUCAAGGAAGAAACUGUCUCCUUCCUUUAACAGGGCAGGUACUGGGAGGGCCAUUCUCUUAAUAAUCAUUAUUGCCAUAAUAACAAGUACAGAGUGAACAUUCCUUUGGCCAUAGUUAAUUCACGGCUGAUGGGAGAGGAUAAUGGAGAUAUCUAGAGUACCACAAUGAGAGGAUGACUGGAUCUUUCAUUUCAGCUGCCCCAAGUAGAUAUUCAAAGACUUUCUUGGAUUGCUGCAACCACUAUUAACAUUUCACAUUCCUAUUUGUUAACUGAGCAAAGGCAACAAGAAAUAUAUAAAUGAGCAAGAUGCUCAUUAAGUGGUUGAGCAUUGUCUAAGUAUAGCUGCUUGCUAUUUCAAAAUGUGUCCUUAACAUGCUCCAUGAUGCAGUUUUACAUUUUUUAUUUGCAUUUAUAUCUCACCUUUCUUGCAAGAGGCUCAAGGUGGCAUACAUUGUUUCCAUGUCCUUUUUCUCCACAAAUCAAUUUUAUUCCCACAAGAGCCCUGUGAGUUAGGUUAGGCUGUAGGAUAGUGAGCGGUCCCAAGGUUGUCCCAGGGAGCAUAAUGGCAAUUAAAAGACCUGCCUCCCCAGUCUUAGAACAACAUUAUAUAACUAUUACUCCACCCUGUCUCAUAUUAGCUCAACACAAGUUCUUGGCCACUGCCUGAAAGUGACACUUCCCCAUAUAAUUGAGGCAGGUGCCUAUCUGUUUAUUUGUUUUGUUCUAAGGCAUAUUGGUGGAACAGAAAUGGAGGAAAAUAAAAUGGAAGAUUCCUCUCAGUAAAAGGACAAAAAACCACAGCUAUCUAACAUAGAGCUGAGCCAGCUGAAAAUUUUAUCAAAUUUGUGCAGUAAAAAAAAUAAAAUGAUAAAAUUAGACAGACCCUGGCCUACUAGGAUUAAAAACUGAAAUAAAAAUGUGUUGUGUCCAACAUUAGUAACCACUGUACCAUAUAUAUGGCUAAGUUAUAUCCAUUCACUUAAAUGGAUCUACUCAAAUAAUUUUUUUAUUUAUACCCUGUCCACCUGGCUGGGUUGCCCCAGCCACUCUGGGCGGCUUACAGCUUAUCUAAGUAAGGCUGAUGUAGAAUAGAAUUCUAUUGCCAUAAUGUUGGAUAGAACUCUAUUGGCAUCCAUCUGUCUUGAGACAACGGAGUGCACCUCUGGGUGAAGUCAAACUGCUGCAUUAGCAGCACCGAAGUGGUCUCCUCGGGGUUGCACAUGGGCAGUGUGUACGGAGGUCCUGGGCUGCCCAGACAAGAAGACCCUCCUUUCAGUCUCGCUGAUGUGGCCCAAAGGAAAGCAGAGUGAUAUAUUUGGCACCAGUUUGGCUGCAGGUGUUGCCGGAAGGAGGCGUACAAGGGGCCAUUCAACCGCCUUAGCGACUGCAUUCACUCCUUAGCCUUUUCUUCUCCCAAAGAUAUCCCACAAAGCAGAUGUUUAGGGUCAAGGUUUACCUUCUCCUAGAUCAGGCAUAGGCAAACUUGGCCCUCCAGAUGUUUUGGGACUACAACUCCCAUGAUCCCUAGUUAACAGGACCAGUGGUCAGGGAUGAUGAGAAUUGUAGCCCCAAAACAUCUGGAGGACCAGAGUUUGCCUAUGCCUGUCCUAGAUGGGCUACCUUCCCAGGUUGAUGAAUCCCAUCUGCCCCUUACUUCCCUCUACAGCACAUGCAGAAACUGCUUCCUUGACUGUUGGACUCAAUAUUGGUCUCAUCUCCUCAAUCCCACCAGAGCCUGUCUUUGCAUGUAAGGGAAGCCCCUAACUCACCAAGGGUUUGAGAGCCAUCGGCUACCCUCACCUGGUUUAGCCAACCAGUCAAAGCCAUUCCUGGGAUGUGGCUGCUGUCUCAUGCUGACAGCUUCUAGGAGCCACAGAUGAGAGUCAAGUGCAGGGUGGAAACUGAGUGGACAAGCUACACUAGAAGGAGCACAGUGCCCCCCUCAUCAGAGGUACUAUUUCCUCCCCUAACACCCCAAACAUAAUCCUGAAAAUUUAAAAUAUUUAUAAAUAGUCUCUAUGGGAAAGAAUAGGUAACUCGGAUGCAGUUUUGUGGGAGGCAGUAAAAACGGUUCCAAAUUCUGUAAUUAUAUUGAUUUAUCAUAAAUCUUUAUUUUAAAAGGACACAGUGGAAAAGAAAACGGAUGAUAGUUAUUAUUUCCUUUGCAAAAGAAUAGAAAGCACUGAUAAAACAGAGCAAUUUAACGCAGAGCUGAACCAAGUGAAAAAUGACCAAAGUAAGCUUCAUGCAAGGAUUGCUAGAUUUGAAAAACUGAUGUGGCAUGAGCUGGAGGAAAUCCAAAGUGAAUAUAGAUCAGGUAAGAUUUUUGGUGGGUUUCUUUAAGGAAAUGCAUAGAGAAACCUAUUAAGUCCUCGCCUUACCCUCUAAUCAGGUAUACUUACCAAACUACACCAGAAAUUUCGUAUUUCUGUGUGCUGUUCAUAACGCCCUCAUAGCUCGGUGAAGGAUGUUUCUGUCAGUAAUGUCAAAAUCAAGCCACUGCAUAUUGUUCUGACAAUAACUGAAAUCCACAAUAAUGAAACAUAAAUCUGCUAACUAUUUCUGGGCCUUUCCCCCCAAGUCACACCAGUCGGGGGUACCCAUAGGCUAUAAGGUGCAUUUUAGACAUCACAUUUACUGUGAGACAAAGCAAGUAGUAAAUGACCUUAUCUGUGGGUGGAUCAUUAUUUCCAGUAACAAUCUCAUGAUGGCUGUGAGCACAUUGGCCAUUGGGCAGUUGUAGCUGUAGCUGUAGCAGCAGCAGCAGCAGCAGCAGCAGCAGCAGCAGCAGCAGCAGCAGCAGCCUUGGUUGCCCACAAAAAUGCAUCCCUGUGAAUAACCAGGAAGGGUUACAAGAAUUCUCCUGUAAUUACGAGCCUGCUCAUUUGGGGAACGACUUCAAGAACCAAUUCUUAUCAGAUGAACUCACCUCUGGUUAAUGGAGGAAAACCAACAAGCCCACAGCAAAUUCCCUGGGUUCCAUCCUAGUAAAAUGUUGUGUUUGCAUACUCAGGUGUUUGCCUGUGACCCAGUGAGGGGCCAACCAUAAAUAAGACCCAGGGCAUUGGUACUGGGUUGAACUAGGCCACAACUUUAUUGAUUACAGAUUUAAGUAGGUUUUGGCCAAAGCACUGGGUAUGUAUCCAGAAUCAAGCAGCCCAACUGCUGGUUGGUAAGUAUGGUGGGACUCAAAUCUGAUUGGGGGCCACCCCGACACACAUCAGGUGAUACAACCCUGCCAGGGCGGCCAUGGGGAAGGGUGCAGUGGGUCCCUUAUGUUUCCAUGAGUGAGCAUUCCGACUGGGCUCCACAUCAGUGCAAGCAGCUGCUGUGCUCAAGCAUGAAAAUGGUUAAAGCUCUCCUAUUCAAUGAACAGCUCCUGACACCCCACAAAAAGCCUUCUCUUAAAGUUUGGGGUUUUCCAGAGUGUGGUAUCACAUAACACAGCAGUAGCUGGCAUGCUGCCUUCCAGAUGCUUUGGACUCCCGCCUCCCACCAGUGAGUCCUUUCUAUUGGCUAUGCUGGCCUGGGCUAAUGGGAGUUCAAAGAAUUGUAGAGUUGGGAAGGAGGGUCAUGUAGUCUUACCCCCUGAAAUGCAGGAAUCUGAACUGAAGCAUCCAUGACAGAUGACCAUCCAACUGCUGCCUUUAAAACUCCAAUGAAGGAGAGUCCAGAACCUCCCAAGGGAGUCUGAAACAUCUGAGGUGGGGAACCAUAUUGGCUACUCCUUCCCCUAAAUUUGCACUUUUGCUCAUAGCACCUAAGAAAAAUUAAGUAGGGUGAUAUCCUCCAGCAAAGAGUUUGAAAGUAAUUAUUAUUGCACUUUCAUGGGAAGAGAAGAAACUGAUUUAAUUCAGCAAACUUUAGCACAGGUAGUAUGUAGGUAAAGGGUUGUUCAGUAGCGUUUAUAAAAAGAAAAAAGUGUUAUUAAAACGAGUUUUUGUCACCCUAACCAUGCCUGCUAUUUACCAGGAUUUCAGUCAAUCCGUGACUCGCUCAAUGCACUUAAACAAAUACAGACAGCAAAGCUUAAACUUGAAGAAGAAAAGUUCAAACAAGACAUGAAAAAGAUACGGCGGAAGAUAACUGAAAUUCAAGAAGACUGAUCAUACUUCUUAAAACAUUUGCAUUUAGUCCAUCUUGGGAAAGUGUGUAAGAGAUUGCAAAAAAUAAGCUCAAGAAUUCUACUAUAUCAAGCUUGUUUUCUUAUGUCUCCCUAGGAGAUUAGUAUUGUAUAUUCAUGUUGCAAUGUCUAUAAUAGAUUUAAGUCAAAUCAUCUGAAUCAUAUUCCUACAUUAGAAUUUAUAUUUUGGAAAGAAAUAAAAUAUAAGGGCUGUCAGU